CUGCCGGAGGAGCCGCGGUGCCCGGCCCUGGCCCUCGCCCAGCUGCCCGCCGCCGAGGCGCGCAGCCAGUUGCAGGCGCUGAUCUUCGGCAUGGCCGGCUGCAUCGAGAGCCUGGAGAGGCGCCUGAAAGCAGUGGAGACGUUAUCAUCUUCCUGCAGCCCUGAGAAGAACACUGCCCAGAGCCAGCAGCUCUUCCUGCCAGACCCCAGCCCCAGGAAGAGUAGUGCUUCUGGCUCAGCUUUGCCAGCCAAAAGGAAGGUCCAUGGGGAGUCUCUCAUUAACCCUGGUUUCAAAAGGUCAGUGCUGGGGCUGGGUACUGCUGGAGUACCCUGUGGGCUCUGCUCCAUAACUAUGGUGGCAGCGGGGCUCGGGGCUCUGAUCUCCUUUCAGCAAGAAGGCGCCAUCUGGAGUGAAUUUUGAGGACUUGUGAUGUCCUGUACCCCGAUGACAGCCCUAUGGACCCUAUGUCUGAACAAGGAGGUGUCCCUGUCGUUCCAGACCUACUGGGCUCUUCGACCCAGGGAGACAACAGAGCCAGCAGCCACCUCUCAGCUGGGGUGGUGGCAGGACCUUUGGGCAGGACAAAUGGAACAGAGGGGACACCAGCAUGGUGGGGUUUUCCCCUGCAGCUCUUCCCUGCUGGCAGGGAAGGUGCUGACCUCACUUACCAUGAACUGGUGGAGUUUGGAUGGAGCCUUGAUACCAUGGAAUGGAAAAAUUACCUGUGCUUUGCUUCUUGCCAGUAAAGGUGUUUUUAGCCA